CUGGCGCAUGCGCCUAUAUAACCUGCGAUGUAGCAGCAAGCCAUCAAGUUCGUGACGACGUGAGGUCGAAAAUGUUUCGUUCUGUUACACAUAACGUCCCUCAGGGACUGGUGUCCCUGGUGCGUAAUAAUGUAGCAGCAUCAGGAUCUGCUACUGCUGCUACAUUGAAGGUUCAGACAAAAGACAUGGCUACGGAGACAUCAGUGCAGGAAGCAAAGACUCAGCUGCCAGAGAAACCGAAAGUCGAGCCAUACAGUCCUUUUCAAAAGUCCAGUAACAUGGCAGAGUAUGCCUUGGCCAGAGCGGAUGAUUUACUGAAUUGGGGACGUAAAGGAUCGCUAUGGCCAAUGACUUUUGGUUUAGCCUGUUGCGCUGUGGAGAUGAUGCACAUCGCUGCACCUAGAUACGACAUGGACAGAUUUGGCGUGGUAUUCCGCGCUUCGCCACGACAGUCAGAUGUUAUUAUAGUUGCUGGCACUUUGACGAAUAAAAUGGCACCUGCCUUGAGAAAAAUCUAUGAUCAGAUGCCUGAUCCCCGAUGGGUCAUCUCUAUGGGAAGUUGCGCGAAUGGAGGUGGAUAUUAUCAUUACAGCUACUCAGUGGUUAGGGGUUGCGACAGGAUAAUACCUGUGGACAUUUACGUACCUGGUUGUCCCCCAACAGCUGAAGCACUAUUGUAUGGUAUUCUUCAAUUGCAGAAAAAGAUUAAACGUAUGCAAACCACACAAGUUUGGUACAGGAAGUAAUGUACCUGACAUUAUAGUAAAAAAAUGUAUAAAUUAUUAAAAAAUUGUAUGAUAAUUGAUAA